AUGGAAGCCGCACUCAAACACUUCUUCUCCUCCCCCCGCUUCGCCGUCGCGGGCGCGAGCUCCGACCCCACGAAAUACGGACACAAAGUCUUCGCCUGGUACCUCGACCACUCUCUUCCCGUCACGGCUAUCAACCCGCGCGCCCCGACCAUCUCCGUCCUCUCCCAGACCCACGAGACCGUCCCCUCACCGAGUAAACUUCCCGGCGACGCAUCCUCCUAUUCGCUCUCCGUGAUUACACCACCCACGGUCACGAAGCAAUUACUCAAGGAGGCGAAGGAGGCGGGGAUCUCGGCGGUGUUUUUGCAACCCGGUUCGUUUGAUACGGAAAUUUUGGAGGCUGCAAGGAAGGAUUUCAAGGCGGUAAUUGCGGGGGAAGGGGGGAGGGGGCAUGAGGGGUGGUGUGUGCUGGUGGAUGGGGAGGAGGGGUUGAGGACUGCGGGGAGGGAGUGGAGUCGGCUGUAG